UUGUGUGGAAAAAAGUUUCAGCGUUUUAGACAAACAAAUUGUGUAGACUUUGGACUAUGAACGAGUCUUCUUUCCUGGAUAUUCAUUCAAACACCAUUCAAUUCAAUUCAAUUCAAUAACAAUCACUUUCAUUUUUAUUUAUAUAUAUUAUACUUUUUUGUUGUUCUUCUUCUCUCAAUUGCAAGGUACUUCAAAUUGAACCGGAACAGCUAUGGAAGCAUGAAGGAGUUUAUGUGAUUAUCGUACCGAUUUUAUUUGUUGUUAUUGUUUCAUGGGAGAAGAAGGGGUUUUAUUUUCUAGACUAGUUGUGUCGCGACGAGGGGAUGGUGCUCGAUUCGUUGAUUUCUGGUCCUGCUUUGGAAGCUAUUUCUCAAAGUAUAGAUUCGGUUGCUGAGUUUGUGUAUUCUGUUGACAAUGUUCUUGUGAAGAAGGAUAGUUUUAAGCAACUUGCAGAUUACUUGCAGAGAGUUGAACCUAUUUUGAAGCAGUUGAGGAAGGGAAAGGUUAGUGAUUCUGAGACAUUCAACCGUGCCAUUGAGAUUCUGAAUCGCGAAAUCAAAGACGCGAAGAAACUUGUUCAAGAAUGUAGCAAGAAGAGCAAGGUGUAUCUUCUGGUGAACUGUAGAACUGUUGGGAAGCGCUUGAAACAUAAUACGGGUGAGAUCAGCAGGGCACUUGGGCUUCUUCCUUUGGCUACGUCGGGUCUUUCGGCUGGAGUAGUUGAAGAAAUUGAAAAGUUAUGUGAUAAUAUGCAGGAAGCUGAGUUUAAGGCAGCUGUAUCGGAAGAGGAGAUCUUAGAGAAAAUUGAGGCGGGGAUACAGGAAAAGAAUUUCGACCGUUCCUAUGCAAAUAAUUUGCUGCAUCUCAUUGCAGAUGCUGUUGGGAUUACAAAAGAACGGUCGGAAUUAAAAAAAGAGCUUGAAGAGUUUAAAAACGAAAUUGAAAACGAGAAAGAUCGGGCCGAAGCCAUACAAAUGGAUCAAAUCAUUGCUUUGUUGGAAAGGUCUGAUGCAGCUUCAUCAACUAGGGAAAAGGAACUCAAGUACUUUGCGAAACGUAAUUCUUUGGGUACUCAACCGUUGGAGCCUUUACAUUCCUUUUAUUGCCAGAUUACAGGCGAUGUUAUGGUUGAUCCUGUGGAAAUUUCAUCAGGGCAAACAUUUGAGAGAAGUGCAAUUGAGAAGUGGUUUGCGGAAGGACACAAAAAGUGUCCUCUGACUUCCAUUACUUUAGACACAUUGGUUUUGAGACCUAACAAAACCUUGAAACAAUCAAUAGAAGAAUGGAAAGAUAGAAAUACAAUGAUUACAAUUGCUUCGCUGAAAGAGAAAAUCCAGUCCAGAGAUGAAGUUGGAGUAUUAAGUUGUUUGCAAACUCUUCAAGAUUUGUGCGAACAGAAAGACCAGCACAGAGAAUGGGUGGUGCUGGAGAAUUAUAUACCUGUUCUUAUCCAAAUUCUUUCCGAAAAACACCGAGAUAAAAGGAACCGUGUCCUUCGCAUCCUUUGCAUGCUGGUGAAGGAUAAUGAAGAUGCCAAGGAAAGAAUUGCAAAUGUUGAUAAUGCAAUCGAGUCUAUUGUCCAUUCUCUUGGGCGUCGUUUGGGGGAAGGGAAAUUGGCAGUGGAAUUACUAUUGGAACUAUCCAAAUAUGAUUUUUUAAGAGAAUACAUUGGAAAAGUUCAAGGUUGCAUACUACUAUUGGUGACUAUGUCUAGCAGUGAGGACAAUCAAGCUGCCAGAGAUGCAACAGAGUUACUGGAGAAGCUUUCAUACUCUGAUCAGAAUGUUAUACAGAUGGCAAAGGCAAAUUAUUUCAAGCAUUUAUUACAGCGUCUCUCCACAGGAACAGAUGAUGUGAAGAUGGUUAUGGUCAAAACGUUGGCAGAAAUGGAGUCAACAGACCAUAAUAAGGAGGUCUUGUUUGACAAUGGUAUUCUGGCUCCUCUUCUUCACUUAGUCUCACAUACUGAUGUUCAGAUGAAAUUAGUUGCUCUUAAAGCUCUUCAGAAUCUAUCUAGUUUAAAGAAAAAUGGACUCGAAAUGAUUCGACAAGGUGCAGCGCGCCUAUUAUUUGGCAUUCUUUUCCAGCACAGCCUUCCUUCCUCAAGUUUGUGUGAACAUGUAGCUCCUAUAAUUAUGCAACUUGCUGAAUCUACAAUCUCUCAGGAUACACAGACACCGGUUUCAUUGUUAGAAUCCGAUGAAGAAGUUUUUAACCUUUUCUCUCUAGUUAGCCACAUUCAGCCUGAUGUGCGACAAUAUAUUAUCCAGACAUUUUAUGCAUUGUGUCAGUCUCCCUCAGCUUCAUAUAUCAGGAACAAGCUAAGAGAGUGUCCAUCAGUUCUAGUAUUGGUCAAGUUGUUUGAGAAUGAAAGUCUAACUCUUCGAGCAAGUGCUGUGAAGCUGUUUUCUUGCCUGGUAGAAAGCUCUGAUGAAGCCACCAUACUGGAGCAUGUGAAUCAGAAAUGCAUUGAUACUUUACUCCAGAUCCUGAAAUCUCCAUCUGAUGAAGAGGAAAUUGUGUCUGCUAUGGGAAUAAUAUCUUAUCUUCCAAAAACUCAACAAAUCACUCAGUGGCUUUUGGAUGCCGGGGCGCUGCCAAUCAUUUGUAACUAUAUCCAACAAGGGAAGGACAAAGAUCUCCUAAAGAGUAAGCUGGUAGAGAAUUCUGUUGGUGCCUUAUGUCGUUUUACAGUUCCAACAAACUUGGGAUGGCAAAAGAGUGCGGCCGAAAUUGGGAUUAUAACUGUUUUAACACAGUUGCUUGAAAGUGGAACUGCUCCAACAAAACAGCUAGCAGCACUGUCCCUAACUCAAUUUUCUAAAAGCUCAAACGAACUAAGCAUUCCAGUACCGAAGCGCAGGGGAUUUUGGUGCUUCUCAGCUCAAGCAGAAGCGGGAUGCUUAGUUCAUGGUGGUAUAUGCACUGUGGAGUCAUCAUUUUGCCUUUUGGAGGCUGAUGCAGUGGGACCAUUAGCAAAGACUCUUGGAGAAUCUGAUCCCGGAGUGUGCGAGACUUCUUUAGACGCUCUUCUAACUUUAAUCGAAGGAGAAAAGCUACAGAAUGGUAGUAAAGUCCUUGCAGAUGAAAAUGUCAUACCGUUAAUAAUAAGAUUUCUCGGUUCUCCUUCCCCCGGAUUGCAAGAAAAGUCUCUGAAUGCCUUGGAAAGAAUUUUCCGGCUAUUCGAGUUCAAACAGAAAUAUGGAGCUUCAGCCCAAAUGCCUCUGGUUGACUUAACUCAGCGGGGUAAUGGUAGCGUUAAAUCCUUGGCAGCUCGAAUAUUGGCACAUUUGAAUGUGCUUCAUGAUCAAUCUUCAUAUUUCUAAAGAAUGUUGAUUCAAUUAAAAUGUACUGAGGAGCAAAGUUAAGUUAACUAACCAUCAACCAUCAGGUUCAAUCUUCCCUUGAUCCUUUGACCCUGGCAUGACAAAAACCGUCACAAACUUCAAGCUCGGACAGGAAAUGGGACUUUUUGACAGAGAAAAUUGCUUUCAUCUGUGCAGCAGCAUGAUGUUGUAGCUUUGCAUUGAGAAUCAUAUCAUAUAGAUAUUAUAUUCUAAGUGUGUUGAUCCAAAUAGGUUAUUGUUGUAUUAAGAUAGAAUCACCACUGGACAUGUAGGGAUUUACUUGGAGCCAGUAUUAUACGCCCCAAAUAUCUUUGUACAUUUCAGGAUUGUCUGGUUACUUGUGUAAAAAAUAAAUCCAAUGAUUGUAUUCUUUGUUAUGAUAUGAAAACGUUUAUAUGACAAAAGUUUAUGCUAUAAA